UUUGAUUUGAAUCAAUACUAUAAAACUCUUACAAAUGGCCUAUAUAUACAUAGUUCUCUUCCUCUUGUUUCUCUUCAUUGAUUUUUUCAAACAGAAAACAAAAGAAUCUCUCUGUGUUUUUCAAAUAUAUAUAUAUAUAAACACAUUGAUUUGAUUUCUUCAUAAUCAUCAUUUUGUUUCUAUUAUUAGUGUUGUUAAAUAUUUGAGAUGCAAAUGCUUAAGUUCUGGAUUGAUCUUGGCUUGUUUGAUUACUUUCUUUCAUUAAAAGCUUCAAAAUUUAUCAAAAGAAAAGAUAGUGAUGUUGGAGAAGCAGCAGGAAGAGCCCUUGAAGAGCUUAGAAGUACUCUUUACAAUGAUAUUAGAACAUCAGAAGGUGCUAAACGCCAACAACAGAGAUUUUGUGGACCUAUUGUGGCAAUGAGUUUCAAUUUCAUGGUGGCUGUUGGGAUCAUUUUAGCUAAUAAAAUGGUAAUGGGAAGAGUUGGAUUCAAUUUUCCAAUAUUUCUAACUUUGAUUCAUUACACAACAGCAUGGAUUUUACUAGCAAUAUUCAAAACAUUCUCACUUUUACCUGUGUCUCCUCCUUCAAAAACAACACCAUUUUCUUCUCUUUUUUCAUUGGGUGCUGUCAUGGCUUUUGCCUCUGGUUUAGCCAAUACAAGCCUUCAACAUAACAGUGUUGGUUUUUACCAAAUGGCUAAAAUUGCUGUUACUCCAACCAUUGUUUUAGCUGAGUUUAUUCUCUUCAAGAAAUCUAUUUCUUAUCAAAAGGUUGUGGCUCUAGUGGUAGUUUCAGCAGGUGUAGCAGUGGCAACAGUAACAGAUUUAGAAUUCAAUUUAUUUGGUGCUAUUAUUGCUAUUGCAUGGAUAAUCCCAAGUGGAAUAAACAAGAUUCUUUGGUCUAAUCUCCAACAACAAGCCAAUUGGACUGCUUUGGCGCUGAUGUGGAAGACAACCCCAAUAACAAUCUUCUUCUUGGUAACUUUGAUGCCAUGGUUAGACCCACCAGGAGUAUUAUCAUUCAAUUGGGAUUUCAAUAACACUUGUGCAAUUAUGAUCUCUGCUUUACUUGGCUUUCUUCUUCAAUGGUCUGGUGCUUUAGCACUUGGGGCAACCUCAGCAACAUCACAUGUUGUCCUAGGACAGUUCAAAACAUGUGUGUUACUAUUGGGAAGUUACCUCAUUUUCAAUUCAGAUCCUGGGAUUGUGAGCAUUUGUGGAGCUGUUGCAGCUCUAUGUGGUAUGUCAAUUUACACAUCACUUAAUCUCAAAGACAAGCUUGAAAAAACCACUCUCCAAGAUAAUUGUCAAAUUUUGGAUGUGAAAGUAUAGAAAAACAACAAGAACAACAACAUAGUAUUGUAAGAUUGUAACAUAGGAAAUUCUUCAUUUUUGUUAAUUUUUUUUUACCAUUUGGAAAAAAAUGAUGAUGAAAGAGAAGAGAAGGGUUGUAAGUUGUAAUGGCUUUGGGUUUACUUUACUCAACUUUGUUCAUAAGCUAAAAAAAAGGAAGAAGUGUACAUAGUCAUUUAAUGAAGUAGUUACAAUUAUUGUUAUUAUUAUUGUAAUGAGAAAAGUGUUUUGUUACUUAU